CUUUCACACUGUUCAACUCUCUCCCUCAUUACUAACAAUAUAAUAAUAAAUAAUAAAAGAAGUAUCCCUGCCAGAAAAGCAAAAUAAAACCAAUAAACAUAAACACAGUUUCAUCUCUCUCUCUCUCUCUCAGCGAAUGUCUGGAAUUUUGCGAUGGAGGAACAAGGUGGAGCGAAUGGCGCUGCUGCUGACCUCAGAUACCUUCCUAUCCCACCACCACCCCCACCGCUUAACUCAGUUGUCCUCCAUCUCGACCCAUCUUAACCACCUCCAUUUCGGCACUCAGCGCCGGCGCGAAUCCCUCAUCGGAGUCCAAGAGCGCUACAAGUGGGGCCGCAGUGGCUCCGACUCCGAUGGCCUCAACCAUCAUAAUAUCCGUAAGAUUCGUGCGGAUGCCAAUUGCCCCCGCUGCUUCAAGCACAUGGAUCUUCUCUUCUCCUUCCCCAAUCGCCACAAUUUAGCUCCUCCGGUUCCUCUAGGUGCCCUUGAUGUUCCCGAUGAUGCUCAUGCUAACACCGGAGCUUCCGCCAAUCUCUGCCCCAAUUGCAAAAGGGCUUACUACUUCCGCCCCGACAGGAUUGUCCCUCUCCAGGGCAGCUUCGUCGAGAUUGGCAGGCUCAAUAACACACCUACAAGACCUAGGAACAGCAACGGGGCUGAUGAAAAUGGCAACGGCAGAGGAGACGAGCAUAAUCGAAAUAAUAACACUAUUGCUAACACAAAUAGUAGGUUUAUAGCCUCGUUCUGGGACACUUUAAGAUCCUAUAGUUCUGAUGUUGGUGGGGACCCGCCAGAGAAUUGGGCGCCCCCGCCUUCGGGAAAUGACUUGGCCGUGCAUACUCCUCCUGGACCGCCUUUUAUGCCUGGGGUUAAUGUGGUUCGGGCGUCAGGGCCCGGUGGUGGCGGUGAUGGUAGAAGUGACGGAGACAGAAGCGGAUGGGGCGGGUCGAAUUUAGGCAAGAACUUGCCCACGCCAAAGGAGAUCUGCAAGGGUCUCGACAAGUUUGUUAUUGGCCAAGAUAGAGCCAAAAAGGUGCUUGCAGUCGCUGUUCAUAACCACUAUAAAAGAAUAUAUCAUGCAUCCCUGCAAAAAGGGUCUGGAGCAGAAGCAGGAAUUUCAGAGAGAAUAGAUGAUGACGAUAGUGUGGAGCUAGAAAAGAGCAACGUCCUUUUGAUGGGCCCGACUGGCUCAGGGAAGACGCUACUUGCUAAAACACUAGCUCGAUUUGUGAAUGUGCCCUUUGUCAUAGCUGAUGCAACAACUUUGACACAGGCAGGUUAUGUUGGAGAAGAUGUUGAAUCAAUCUUGUACAAAUUACUUGCGGCAGCUGAGUUCAAUGUACAAGCAGCUCAACAAGGGAUGGUUUACAUAGAUGAAGUGGACAAGAUAACUAAGAAGGCUGAGAGCUUAAACAUUAGCAGAGAUGUUUCUGGUGAGGGCGUCCAACAGGCGUUAUUGAAAAUGCUAGAAGGAACAAUAGUUAAUGUACCUGAGAAGGGGGCAAGGAAGCAUCCUCGGGGUGAUAACAUACAGAUAGAUACAAAAGAUAUCCUUUUUAUAUGUGGUGGAGCAUUUGUUGAUCUUGAGAAAACAAUUUCCGAGAGGCGGCAAGACUCUUCAAUUGGUUUUGGAGCGCCUGUUCGUGCAAACAUGAGAACUGGUGGAGUAACCGAUGCUGCAGUGACAUCAUCCUUACUUGAGUCGGUUGAAAGUGCUGAUCUUAUUGCAUAUGGUCUCAUACCAGAGUUUAUUGGACGUUUUCCUAUUUUAGUUAGUUUGUCAGCUUUAACUGAGGACCAACUUGUUCAGGUCCUCACUGAACCAAAAAAUGCUCUUGGUAAACAGUACAAGAAAUUGUUCAGCAUGAACAAUGUGAAGCUACAUUUUACUGAGAAAGCCUUGAGAUUGAUUGCCAAGAAAGCAAUGGCAAAGAAUACUGGUGCCAGGGGCUUAAGGUCCAUACUGGAAAGCAUUCUUACAGAAGCCAUGUAUGAGAUUCCAGAUGUGAAGACAGGCAAUGAUAGAAUAGAUGCUGUUGUGGUUGAUGAGGAGUCGGUGGGUUCAGCAGAUACCCCUGGAUGUGGAGGGAAAGUUCUUCGUGGAGAUGGUGCCUUGGAGCAUUACAUAAGAGAAACAAAGUUGAAGGAUUCAGUGGAUAAUGUUGAGGCGGCUGAGGGAGAGUCGCAGGAAGGUGAAUCAGAGCUGCCAUCAAGAGCCAUGAGCAUGUGACAUCAUUACAAACAUAGUUAUUGUUAGGAUGCAGCAAAGAUUUGUAAAAACCACACUCAUAGUUUGGUGUAAUUAUCCCCGUGUAAAACAAAAUAAAUUGUGUUUCAUGUACAUUGCAUUUGAGGGAAAUAAUGAAAGAAAAAUGCAGCAUUGCUAAUUUAUGAA